CGCCGACCGAUACUACGCGUUAGUUUGUAAAAUAUUUCUAUUUUAUAUCAUUACUAUCGAAAAUGACAGAUAAGCAAUUAAUUGAAUAUGUCAAGCAACGUCCCGUUUUAUAUGACAAGAGUCAAGGACUCUACCGGGAUAAUAUUGUUAGAAAUAUAGCGUGGGAAGAAAUCGCGGAGCUAAUGGAUGCACCCGUUGAAGAUAUAAAAGAGAAAUGGGCCAAGUUACGUAACGCAUAUAACUCUGCAUUACAAAGACGUCGUAAGAAAACAAAUUUGAAGUAUCCAUGGAAAUUUGAGAAGAAGAUGGAAUUUCUAAUGCCGUUUAUUGAUGGAAAAUCGGUUGCCACAAAUUUUAGUAUUGACAGUAUUAUAAUCGAUGACGACACAUCCACCACAAAUAUUAGUAGUGAUGAUAGAAUUACAAAUAAACAUGCCAAUGUGACAAACGAUGAAGAUUCAACACGUGAUUCUGAAGACUCUGAAGUUUCACCUUCGCCUGUCCAGUCGCCUGCUCAAGGGGGGUCCACAUCACAUGAUGUAGCUACUAAUAUUAUUACCACACAUACAAUAAAAAGUAAGAGCUAUGACGCUUUAUUAAGAGAUAUGGUGGAUAUGAUGAAAUCAUCUCAUGCAAUGAAACUAAAGAGAACAAUAACAGAUAUGGAUGAAAACGAUCAUUUCUUUUUAUCAAUGAGUAAGCGAUUAAAAACAUUACCUCCAAGGGAUCAAGCAGAUAUUAAAUUUCAAAUACACAAGCUUAUACACGACUUUGAAAUAAAAAUGUUGAAAAGUAAUGAUAAACGAACGCUUUUAAAUUAAUUAACAUAAUAUAUUGAAAAUUAAAAUAAACUAUCGAUUUAUUAAAAAAACAUCUAUUUCCUCUACCUGUGAAAGUAAGUUUAAUAAAUUAUACGAUGCAAAAAGCCAAGGUAAAUAGAUACUCUGAAACAUUACAUUUACACAACAUUACAUUCAAAUAAUAGAAAUAUUUUUUUUAUAUUCGAAUUGAAGGAAUAUACUGAAAUAUUGUAAUUAGCGUUCCUUGUAAGCGCUGUGUAGUAUUUAUUGUAUUGUGAUUUUAUUGUUAUUAAGCUUUAUAUUUUUUGCAUACAUUUUGUAUUAACCAAGUAAAUAAAUAAAGCUACUAAUACAUUUAAAUCAUAGUCUUGGGUUGUAGGUCUUUAUUUAGUAGCUAAAGGAAAUCGUUUUUGCUUCAGAGUAAGUAAAUACCAAUGAUUUUUAUAUGUCUAGAUACGCAAUACGUACCAAAAAG